AUGGCGCUGUCGGCGGCGGAGCGGGCGCUGCUGCGCGCCCUGUGGAAGAAGCUGGGGAGCAACGUGGGCGUCUACGCGACCGAGGCCCUGGAGAGAACCUUGGAGGCCUUCCCGCGCACCAAGAUCUACUUCUCCCACAUGGACCUGAGCCCGGGCUCCGCCCAGGUCAGAGCCCACGGCCGCAAGGUGGCCGACGCGCUGACCCUCGCCGCAGACCACCUGGACGACCUGCCCGGCGCCCUGUCCGCUCUGAGCGACCUGCACGUGCGCACGCUGCGCGUGGACCCCCACCACUUCGGGCUGCUGGGCCACUGUCUGCUGGUGACCCUCGCCCGGCACUACCCUGGAGACUUCGGCCCCGCCAUGCACGCCUCGGUGGACAAAUUCCUGCACCACGUGAUCUCGGCGCUGACCUCCAAGUACCGCUGA